AUGGAGAUGGAGACUGAAACGUCGUCGUCUCCGGCAGCAGACUUAAUCACAGCUCUAGAGCAAGCAACCCUAAUGGCCAAGCAGCUCCCAAUAGCCGCCGAUCCUUCUCACAUCCACCAAAUCAAGGCCGCCCUCAACUCCGUCCACCGCCGCCUAUUACCCUUCCUCUACCCCCCGCCGCAACCUUCCGCUCCGCCGAGAUCUCAGCCGGAAAAUUCCGUCUCCUCCGCCGUCGGCGGAGGCGGAGGUGACGAGCCCAUGGAGGCGGCGGACGAUGACGGGGAGGACGAGCAGGACUCGAGGUACGUCGAGACGGUGGAGGGGAGGCUGAGGGCGUGCUCGAUACAGAACAAGAGGCUCAAGAGGCAGCUCUCGCCGUCGGCGGCGGCUGAUUGGCGGAGGAAAGGCGGGGACGUGGCCGUGUUGGGCGGCGCUCCGGCGGCGGGGUUCGAUCCUGUUGGGACUAAGCUGAGCUCUCUCGAUCUUAUCUAUCAGUUCCAUGCUUGA